AUAUGGGCGAGACGAUCUCGCCCAUGGGUUUCCAGGGUUAGGGGUUUGAAUUGCUUGAGUGAACGCUCAAGCACCAAGUCGCACGCAGCACGGUUCCUCAACACCCCGCCACGGGCAAGCACAUACGCGAACCUAACAAACCAACCCACCGACGACACCGGCCUUGGGAUUUCGCAAAACAGAAAACUGCGCCAUUCAUCUCGCGAUUUUCCCCCCGCUUUCCGAGAAUAUAAACAACUCGGUUGUUUGUCGUGACGCCACCCGUGAUAAUCGCCGCGUACCCAGGGAAGAAAGAAAAAAAAAAAAAACAAGUACAAUUUUACAUACCUAUACGUAUACGAUACCAAAAUGGCCUCUGAAGCCAUGGACCUCGACGAGCCGGUCCGGCAAGGACGCGGCGACGGCUCGGCGUCCAACAACAUCAUCAUCAACAACAACAACAACAACAACAACAACAAUAGCAGCAGCAACGACGUGAGCUCGGCCAAGCUGGCCGCCAUGCAGACGGCGACCAAGGCGACGGCGGUGCGGUCGAUCGAGGGCUGGAUCGUCAUGGUGACCAACGUGCACGAGGAGGCCGACGAGGAGGCCAUCCACGACAAGUUCGGCGAGUUUGGCGAGAUCCGCAACGUGCACCUCAACCUGGACCGCAGGACCGGUUACGUGAAGGGCUACGCGUUGAUCGAGUACACCACGCUGGAGGAGGCGCGCGCGGCCAUCGACGGCGCCAACAACACGGACCUGCUGGGCCAGACGGUCAAGGUCGACUUUGCCUUUGUGCGGCCGCCGCCGGGCAAGGCGACCAACAAUACGCGGCCAGGCGGCGGCGGCGGCGGUGCCGCGCGGGGAUCGAACCGCGGGGCGCGCAGCGGGAGGAGCCGGAGCCGCAGUCCCGGCGCGGGGAGGGAUGAUUGAUGCUGCUCUCCUCUCCGUGAAGGGCCGAGGGAAAGAUUAAGAGGGCGGACCCGGGGCGGGCUAGCGCUGCUGGAGGGGCAUUGGGCAAAAAAAAAAGAAAAGAAAAAUUAGGCUGAGGAUUCCGUCG